CUUCCUCUCACGGCCGGAAGCAGGGCUACGUGUGUUGCUGCAGACAUGGAGUACAUGGCGGGGCCGGCGGCUCCCACCCAGGGCAACAUUCUCUGUUGCCACUGCGGCAUACCCAUUCCUCCCAACCCGGCCAACAUGUGCGUGGGGUGCCUGCGGGCCCAGGUGGACAUCACCGAGGGCAUCCCCAAGCAGGGCACCCUCCACUUCUGCAAGCAGUGCGAAAGGUAUCUUCAGCCUCCAGGAACCUGGAUCCAGUGUACCUUAGAAUCAAGAGAGCUUCUUGCUUUGUGUCUUAAAAAAAUCAAAGCUUCGCUGAGCAAGGUCCGGCUGAUUGAUGCAGGCUUUAUUUGGACUGAACCUCAUUCUAAGAGGCUGAAGCUGAAAUUGACUGUUCAGAAAGAGGUGAUAAACGGAGCAGUUCUUCAGCAAGUAUUUGUGGUGGAAUAUAUAGUGCAGUCUCAAAUGUGUGAAGACUGUCAUAGGAUUGAAGCUAAGGAUUUCUGGAAAGCUGUAGUGCAAGUCAGACAAAAGACUCUGCAUAAGAAGACUUUCUACUACUUGGAGCAGCUGAUUUUAAAACACAGGCUUCAUCAAAAUACGCUUCGCAUCAAAGAAAUCCAUGAUGGCCUGGAUUUCUAUUAUUCUUCAAAGCAACAGGCCCAGAAGAUGGUAGACUUUCUUCAGUGUACGGUUCCAUCUAGAUCAAAAUCAUCCCAACGUUUGAUCUCACAUGAUAUUCAUAGUAAUGUCUACAAUUACAAAAGCACUUUCUCUGUGGAAAUAGUUCCAAUAUGCAAGGACAGUGUUGUAUGCCUGUCACCAAAACUGGCACAGAGCCUUGGGAACAUGAGCCAGAUCUGUGUGUGCAUUAGAGUAACAAGUGCUAUUCACCUCAUUGAUCCUAGCACUCUGCAGAUUGCUGAAAUUGAUGGGAAUACCUACUGGCGCCACCCUUUCAAUAGCUUGUUCCAGCCCAAACAACUGGAGGAAUUUAUCAUUAUGGAUAUCAAUCGGGUUCAAGAAAAGAAAAAAGGUGCAGGUGCAGGAGCAAGAUCCAAUAAGCACAUGCUGGCUGAAGCCUGGGUACAGAAAACCUCGGAGUUGAAUACGGAUCAUCAGUAUUUCUGCUGUACCCACUUGGGGCACAUUCUGAAUCCCGGCGACCUUGUCUUAGGAUUCGACUUAGCGAACUGCAACUUAAAUGAUGAGUUUGCCAAUAAGAUGAACCCACGCAAUAUUCCUGAUGUGGUAUUAAUAAAGAAGAGCUAUGAUCGUACCAAACGCCAGCGUCGCAGAAACUGGAAGCUGAAAGAGCUGGAAAGGGACAGAGAAGGCAUGAAUACAGAUGAUGAAAGACAAUACCAAGACUUCCUUGAAGAUCUCGAAGAAGAUGAAGCCAUAAGGAAGAAUGUCAACAUCUACAGAAAUGCAGAUGUUCCAGUGGAGAGUGACACAGAUGAGGAUGGUCCUCCACGAAUCAGUCUGGCUGAAAUGCUAGAGGAUCUCCAUAUCUCUGAGGAUGCUACUGGUGGGGAGGGAGCAAAUAUGAUGACAGAAUAAGAAUAGUGCAUUAGUCAAUGCAAUAAAUAUUCCCUUGCUAAGGAAAAAGUACCUAAAACACAUAAACUGAUCACAUGAACAUGCAAAGUGAUGUGAUAACUACUGCUAUACACCUAAGUAAUGGGCCUGAAUUAAUAUUUUAUAUAUAUCUUCUAGAAAAUCAGCAAUUUAAGUUAAAUUUCUGGUGCAGACAUUGCAGUAUAAGCUCCACAUGUUCUUCCCUUCCCAGAGAGCUCUGUCCUUGAAACUUCAGCAGUGUAAAGGUCAUCUGACUAUCAUCAGAGUUAUCCAUUGGGAGUAAUCAAUUGGCUUAUGCUGAAGACAACUGAUAAAGAAGGAUGUCUAGAGGGAGAGAUUUCAUUAUUCUUUGCCCAAUUUGUAGGUAGGAUGCCUACCUACUGUUUACUGCCUUAAUUUCUUCACAUGGGAAGGAUUUUUACUGUCUUAAUCUUUUCAGCAUGAUGGUUGAAGCAUGUUGUGAUACUGAUUUUUUUCUAUACAACAGUGUGUUGGGGAAGCUCAAGAAUGUAGCUUCUAUUCCUUUGGUAAAGGAACUCCAAAGAUCCAUGUUGUGUACACACAAGAAACUUCCCUGUAGAUUGAUAGAAGAUGCAGCCCUUGAUGAGAGAAAUUGGAGACUUCUGUUGAGUGUGAUGAGUGUUGUACUAUAUUCCAUGCCUGUAUGAGUGGAUUAAAGCAAUAUGCAUAAUGUCUAAUUAAUACAUCAGGUAUGAACUAUUAAAAAGCUCCACACAUUAUUUUUGGUCGAUCAUUUUUUAGUUAACUUUAUAAUCAAAUUUCACUCUGCUGUAAGCCUGAAGAGAACAUAAGUGAUGUAGGAGGACAUUACGUUCUUAAAUCCAUCUUGUUCUAAUUCAUGUUUCUGCACAGAAGCAGUUCAAUAAAAAUUCUACUAACAGUUUAUGAGAAUACAGAUUUGAUUUAACUUAAUGUAAAUACAGAAGCACAGCUUAGAAUGAUUUUGCCACUGCAUUUUUUUUUUUAAUGUAAGGAAAAAAAUGUUCUGAAAUAACUGGCAUCUGUAAAGGAGGGAAAUUCUAACAAUGUAAUAUUGAAAAAAUAAAGAUGUGUAGGAUUAAUCAAACAAAAGAUUCCUUUAUCAAGGAUCUGUAUAGCUUAAGUGAGAACACUUAUAGUUUGCCUCUGCUUGUAAUAGGAGGGUUGAAAAUAAUGCUAUUUCCCUGUAGUAUUGCCAGAGAAAGUGGCUGGAGCACCAGUCUCUAUUUCAUCAUACUUCACAUCCUUUCAAGGCCUCAAAGAAAAGCUAAGAAAUAAUCAAGGAGUUGUUUGUGUUCAGCUUCCUGCCGUGUGUGAAUGAUUCUUAUCCUUUAGUUUAAGUGUCAGGUUUUGCUAAGUGUUUUCCAGCAGGUGUGAAUCUCUGGGAUUUAGAGCUACCUGUGACCCCAGGCAGUUAUACCAUUUAAGGCAAAGGUAUUUUUGAUUGUAAAAAGUGGAGCUAGGUUUAGUUACCAGUUACUCAUACUUAGUUUUUAUUCUGCCUCACAGUCUUCUAAUAAUCCACUUGUAAAGGGGGAAAACUUGGAAUUUGCAAAGACAGUUCUGAUGCAGCGAAGCUCUAAGCUGUCUGUUAGCAGUGUAAGCAGUGCCAUCUUUUACUCUGUGUCACACUAAGCUCUUCUGCUUCUGCUCUUGGGAGUUUUGUCAUGGGUUUUUACUGUGUAAAACGGUUAAGAAAACUCCAUAAAGCUGCUGGGAAUUAAAGGUACAAGUUGUCUCAUGAUGAUAAUUUAGUUCAGUAUAGGGAAGGUGUAAAACCAUGCUUAAAAGAUACAUAUGAGAAUGCAGCUGCAUAAUCUGAAUUAUCACUGCAGUAAAUAUUGCACAUAUUUUACAGUAGCUACAUCUGCUAGUAGUGCUGGGGAGAUAAACUCAAUUCCAGUGACCAUUGGGCCAAACCUGGAGAACUUUAAUUUGUAACCUGUGGGCAAUGAAUGUGUUCUAGUAUCCACAUGAGGUGCAGUUUGGGUUCUGAUUUCUUCUGACAGAGGUAAAAAUGAUGAAGCCUUUAUCUGCUGUAGUUUGGCAAUAGCUUCCUGUUGUUGGCAGGUGAAGGGGGAGCAAUAAAAGCUCAUUUUAAACUGCUA